AAAUCCUAGCGACGACCAACGAAAGCUAUUCAACGACUGCGCAUCAAUCGCAGAAGCCUGAGUCACCUAGGCAGCGACUCUGCAUCGAACAAAGUCGCGUCAGAGGAAAACUCAUGGUUAUUUAACGGUCGAGCUCCGCGAGCUUUGGUUGUCGAGAACAUCGACAUUCCCCAUCAAAACAGAGCUUCAUCACACCAGCCAAGAUGACGGACGCGAAUCGAGAUGUGUCGCAAUACAAGUACUCGGCCAUGUCGAACCUGGUCCUCCAGGCGGACCGUCGGUUUGUCACACGACGAACCGAUGAGUCCACUGGAGACCCAGAGUCGCUGGCCGGGCGUUUGAGUAUCAAGGACAUGGGCGCCAGAGUUGGUCGAGAGGACGCGCCUAAGCAGAAGAAACAACCUGGCCUUCCAGAUAUCCAACGAGGAAGUCUGAGGGAAGGAGAAGAUAUUCUGGCGCGAGAGCAACGGAGACGAAAGGCCGAGUCUCAGAUGAGGGGGACUGGCGUGCUCGGCGCGAACGACCUCCUGGUGGAAGGUAUCACCUAUCGACCCCGAACCGCCGCCACGCGAUCGACCUUCGACCUUAUCAUCACAAUCGUCGCAAAUAACCUGGGUGAUGUGCCCCACGAGGUUGUGCGCAGUGCUGCGGAUGCCGUGUUGGAGUACCUAAAGGACGACGACCUGAAGGACCUGGACAAGAAGAAAGAAAUCGACGAUAUCCUGGGCGUGACUAUGAACCCCAAGCAAUUCAAUGAAUUGGUAAACUUGGGAAAGAAGAUCACAGACUACGAUGCUCAGGAAGACGACGAGGAUGUUGCCAUGGGCGGCGGCGACGGCGAGGAUGCCGAAAUCGAUGAACGACAGGGUGUCGCCGUUGCCUUUGACGACGAAGACGAAGAUGAGGGCGACAACAUUGUCAAUGAAGUCCGUGACGAGUCAUCUGAAGACGAGGCGGACGAGGACGAAAUCGAGGACGGAGAGCCUAAAGAAGACGACGCUGCGGACGAAGACGACGAAAUGGUCUUGGACUCUGCACCAGCAGGAGGGAAGCAAAAAGACAAAGAUCAAAACGCCGUGCCGGCCCGAGAUAUUGAUGCUUUCUGGCUCCAGCGUCAGAUUGGUUCAUUUUAUCCCGAUGCCCACGAGCAAACGGAUAAGACAAAAGAGGCUCUUCGAAUCCUCUCAGGAGAGCCUGACGAAGCCGGUGGUGAGGAGAAGUCCCUGCGAGAAAUCGAGAACGAUCUCAUGGAACUGUUCGAUUUCGAGCACCACGAGCUCGUCCAAAAGCUCGUCGAGAACAGAGAAAAGGUCUUCUGGCUCACUAAGUUGGCACGGACCGAGACACCAGAGCAACGCACCGAAGUUGAGAGAGAGAUGGCUUCGGAAGGCCUACAACGAAUUCUUAACGAGUUGCAGGGCAAGACUGCAGGCGAGGACAAGAAGGGAAAGGCGGAUAUCAAGAUGGACAUUGAUGUCCCCGCCUCAUUUACAGAUGCCCCCAAGGCUGACCGAGCCGACGGUCAGCUUAUUGGAGGACUUCAACCUAAGAAACUCAUCAACCUCGAAAACCUUGUCUUCGACCAAGGAAACCAUCUCAUGACCAACCCCAAGGUCCGAUUACCUGAGGGGUCGACAAAGAGGACCUUCAAGGGAUACGAGGAGAUUCAUAUCCCCACACCCAAAAAGCGAAACGAGCCUGGCGAUGUCCUCAUGCCCAUUACCGACCUACCCGAAUGGGCGCGAGGCCCUUUCAGCUCUAACCAGUCCCUCAACAAGAUCCAAUCUAAGUGCUACCCAUCGGCCUUUGAAGACGACGGCAACUUGCUUGUCUGUGCCCCCACUGGUAGUGGAAAGACAAACGUUGGUAUGCUUACCAUUCUCCGAGAGAUUGGAAAGCACCGCAACCCUGAGACCGGUGAUAUUGACCUUGAUGCGUUCAAGAUCGUCUGUAUUGCCCCUCUCAAGGCGCUUGUCCAGGAACAGGUUGGAAACUUGGGAAAGAGACUUGAAUCCUUCGGAAUUCGGGUUUCUGAAUUGACUGGUGAUCGCCAGCUCACGAAGCAGCAAAUCGCCGAGACGCAGAUCAUUGUGACCACUCCUGAGAAAUGGGAUGUCAUCACCAGAAAGUCAAAUGAUCUGACUUACACCAAUUUGGUGCGUCUGAUCAUCAUUGACGAAAUCCACUUGCUUCACGAUGAUCGUGGCCCUGUCCUGGAAAGCAUUGUAAGCAGAACCAUUCGCAAGACUGAGCAGACCGGUGAACCAGUACGUAUCCUUGGUCUGUCUGCAACUCUGCCAAACUACCGAGAUGUUGCCAGCUUCCUUCGAGUGGACAUGAAGAAGGGACUCUUCCAUUUCGAUGGCUCAUAUCGACCCUGCCCCUUGCGACAGGAGUUUGUCGGAGUCACCGAUCGCAAGGCAAUCAAGCAACUCAAGACAAUGAACGAUGUGACCUACAACAAGGUUAUUGAGCACGUCGGCACCAACCGAAACCAGAUGCUCAUUUUUGUCCACUCCCGAAAGGAAACUGCCAAGACUGCCCGGUACAUUCGAGACAAGGCCCUCGAGAUGGACACAAUCAACCAGAUCCUUCGACACGAUGCCGGUAGUCGCGAAGUCCUCAAAGAAGCCGGAGAACAGGCUACAGACGCCGACCUCAAGGACAUCCUGCCUUACGGAUUUGGUAUCCAUCACGCCGGUAUGAGCAGAAUCGACAGGACCGACGUCGAGGAUCUCUUUGCUCGCGGAGCUAUUCAGGUUUUGGUCUGUACUGCGACGCUGGCUUGGGGUGUUAACUUGCCUGCGCACACGGUCAUUAUCAAGGGAACACAGGUGUACUCUCCUGAGAAGGGUAGCUGGGUUGAGCUCAGCCCUCAGGACGUAUUGCAGAUGCUUGGUCGUGCAGGUAGACCUCAGUACGAUACGUACGGUGAGGGUAUUAUCAUUACGACGCAGAGCGAGAUGCAAUACUAUCUGUCGCUUCUGAACCAGCAGCUGCCUAUCGAAAGUCAGUUUGUUAGCAAACUGGUUGACAAUCUCAAUGCUGAGAUUGUCCUUGGCAAUGUCAGAACGCGCGACGAGGGUGUCGAGUGGCUGGGAUACACUUACCUUUUCGUUCGAAUGCUUCGCUCGCCUGGCUUGUAUCAAGUUGGCGCGGAGUAUGAAGAGGAUGAAGCCUUGGAGCAAAAGCGAGUUGACUUGAUUCAUUCUGCUGCAAUGUCCUUGAGGAAGUCCAACCUCGUCAAGUACGACGAGAAGACCGGCAAGCUACAAUCAACGGAGUUGGGCCGCAUCGCCUCCCAUUACUACAUCACUCAUGGUUCUAUGGACACGUAUAACAACUUGAUCCAGCCCAGCAUCACGACCAUUGAGCUUUUUAGAGUCUUCUCCCUCAGCGCCGAGUUCAAGUACAUCCCUGUUCGACAAGACGAGAAGCUAGAACUUGCCAAACUCCUGGGACGAGUCCCUAUCCCGGUUAAAGAGAGUAUCGAGGAGUCUCAUGCCAAGAUUAAUGUCCUCCUUCAGGCAUACAUCUCACGUCUCAAGCUUGACGGUCUCGCCCUGAUGGCAGAUAUGGUGUAUGUAACACAAUCUGCUGGUCGAAUCUUGCGAGCCAUCUUCGAGAUUGCUUUAAAGAAGGGCUGGGCCUCUGUCGCAAAGACGGCUCUGGAUCUUUGCAAAAUGGCCGAGAAGCGCAUGUGGCCGACCAUGUCUCCGCUGCGUCAGUUCCCUACGUGCCCGAGAGAGAUCGUGCAGAAGGCUGAGAGAGUCGAGGUGGCAUGGAGCAGCUACUUCGACCUUGACCCUCCCCGCAUGGGCGAAUUGCUCGGAAUGCCGAAAGCAGGCCGAACUGUCUGUGGACUGGUUUCCAAGUUCCCCCGAGUAGAUGUGCAGACUCAGGUACAACCUAUGACUCGAUCGAUGCUUCGUGUCGAACUAAGCAUCACCCCUAACUUUGAGUGGGACGAUGCCAUCCACGGUGCUGCCGAGAAUUUCUGGAUCUUGGUCGAGGAUUGUGACGGCGAAGAUAUCCUCUACCACGACACAUUCCUGUUGCGCAAGGACUAUGCUGAAUCUGAGUCGAACGAGCAUAUUGUUGAUUUCACAGUCCCCAUCACCGACCCAAUGCCACCAAACUACUUCGUUUCUGUCAUUUCGGACCGGUGGAUGCAUUCCGAGACAAGACUGGCUGUUGCGUUCCAUAAACUUAUUCUCCCCGAGAAGUUCCCUCCUCACACCGAGCUCCUCGAACUCCAGCCUCUGCCAAUUUCUGCUCUCAAGGCCUCCAGCUAUGUUGACCUGUAUCCCGACUGGAAGCAGUUCAACAGGAUCCAGACCCAGACCUUCAACUCUCUCUACAAGACCGACCAAAACGUCUUUGUCGGAGCUCCUACAGGUAGCGGAAAGACUGUCUGCGCCGAAUUUGCCCUUCUCCGCCACUGGACGCAAGGUGAUUCUGGCCGAGCAGUCUAUAUCGCGCCCUUCCAGGAGCUUGUUGACUCCCGUCUUCAAGAUUGGCAGAAGCGACUGAGCCAUCUGGGUGGCGGCAAAGAGAUUGUGAAGUUGACUGGCGAGACCGCUACCGAUCUGAAACUCUUGGAGAAGGGUGAUCUUAUCCUGGCAACUCCCACCCAGUGGGAUGUUCUGUCUCGACAGUGGAAGCGCCGCAAAAAUGUUCAGUCGGUGGAGCUCUUCAUUGCUGACGAGAUUCAUUUGCUCGGAGGCUCCCAGGGUUACGUGUAUGAGACUAUUGUAUCUCGUAUGCACUACAUCCGAUCCCAGACCGAGUUGCCCAUGCGUAUUGUGGCCCUCAGUGUGUCGCUGGCAAAUGCUCGUGAUAUCGGCGAGUGGAUUGACGCAAAGAAGCACGAUAUCUACAACUUCAGUCCUCAUGUUCGACCAGUGCCACUCGAGCUUCACGUCCAGUCAUUCUCUAACCCUCACUUCCCAUCCUUGAUGCUGGCAAUGGCUAAGCCGACCUACUUAGCUAUUACCCAGAUGUCCCCUGACAAGCCUGCCAUGAUCUUCGUGCCCACCCGCAAGCAAACUCGAGGAACUGCACGGGAUCUACUGGCAGCAUGUGUUACGGACGAUGACGAGGAUCGCUUCCUUCACGCCGAUGUGGAACAAAUGAAGCCGCUGCUUGAUCGCAUUCACGAGGAGGCCCUUGCCGAGGCCCUCUCCCACGGCAUUGGUUACUACCAUGAAGCCCUCAGCCAGAGCGACAGGCGAAUCGUCAAGCAUCUCUACGAUAACGGCGCUAUCCAAGUGCUCGUGGCUUCCCGAGAUGUUUGCUGGGAGCUUAACAGCACCGCCCACCUUGUCAUUGUCAUGGGCACGCAAUACUUUGAGGGUCGCGAGCAUCGAUACGUGGACUACCCCCUCAGCGAGGUCUUGCACAUGUUUGGCAAGGCCCUUCGCCCCUCGAGAGACGGACGUGGCCGAGGUGUUCUCAUGCUUCCUCAAGUCAAGCGUGAGUACUACAAGAAGUUCCUCAACGAGGCUCUGCCGGUCGAAUCGCAUCUGCACAACUAUCUGCACGAUGCUUUCGUUACGGAGAUUAGCACUAAGAUGAUUGAGUCCGGUGACGAUGCUAUCAACUGGACGACCUUCACCUACUUCUACCGACGACUGCUCGCAAACCCUAGCUACUACAACUUGACAAGCACAACGCAUGAUGGCCUAAGCAACUACAUGUCUGACCUGGUGGAGACCACCCUCCGUGAGCUGAGCGAGUCCAAGAUUAUCGAUUUCGAUGAGGAAGAUGGCUCCGUGUCGCCUCAGAACGCUGCAAUGAUUGCUGCGUACUAUAAUAUCUCGUACAUCACGAUGCAAACCUUCCUGCUUUCACUCAGUACUCGGACAAAGCUUAAGGGUAUCAUGGAAAUUGUUACCUCGGCGACUGAGUUCGAGACGAUCCAGAUCCGGCGCCACGAGGACGGCCUCUUGCGGCGCAUCUAUGACCGUGUCCCCGUCAAGAUGUCUCAACCCGUCUAUGACUCUCCUCACUUUAAGGCUUUUGUGCUGCUGCAGGCGCACUUUUCGCGCAUGCAGCUGCCUAUCGAUCUUGCCAAGGAUCAGGAAAUCCUUCUUUCUCGAGCCCUGAGCCUCCUCAGCUCUAUGGUUGAUAUUCUCUCGUCUGACGGACAUCUCAACGCCAUGAGUGCUAUGGAGAUGUCGCAAAUGAUUGUUCAGGCCAUGUGGGAUCGGGAUAGUCCGCUCAAGCAGAUUCCCCAUUUCACGCCGGAGGUUGUCAAGGUUGCUAAUGAUUUUGGAAUCAAGGACAUCUUCGACUUCAUGGAAGCCAUGAACCCGGAGGAGAACGCCGAUUACAACGAGCUUGUGAAACGACUCGGGUUGUCUCAGAGCCAGCUGGGCCAGGCAGCCAACUUCACAAACGACAAGUACCCUGACCUGGAACUUGAGCAUGAGGUUUUGGAUGAGGAUGAAAUUAGAGCCGGUGAGCCGGCAUACCUGAACAUCAAGGUCGCACGCAACCUUGACGAAGACGAGGAUGGGGAGCACGAUUCUACCGUGCACGCGCCAUUCUACCCGACGAAGAAGAUGGAGAACUGGUGGUUGGUCGUGGGCGACGAGCAGACGAAGAACCUCUUGGCUAUCAAGCGCGUGACGAUCGGGCGUGAACUGAACGUUCGCCUCGAGUACACUGUGCCGACGCCAGGUGAGCACAAGCUGAAGCUAUUCCUAAUGAGUGAUAGUUAUGUGGGAGUCGAUCAAGAACGGGAGUUCUCAGUGACGGCAGCCGAAGGCAUGGAUGUUGACGACGAUGAGGAGGAUGAGGACGAGGACGAGGAGUAGGGGCCGAAAAGAGCUCUCCUGCUGCCACUCCUUGCGAAGGAGGGCUGUGUACACUACUACAGACUACGAACGCGAAUAGAGUGAAUUUGUCGAAGCCAUCAGUUGGAACUGCAACGCAGAGCAUUCAGUGUGAUGGAGAUCUACUCUUUGGACAAGGUUAUUCGGAUACAACUACGGUUGUGCGGACGCGGAGUCGUGCAACAACAGUUGUGAGGCGCGAGGGGUCAAGCGGCCUGACCGACAACAUCGCUGACGCGCUAAGGCAGUGCAGCACCUAUAAGCUGCCCAACAACACCACAUCGCCAAGGGACAGGCCGAAAAGAUGGCCAUCUAAAACGCCGCAGACGCGUCUCGCUGGAUGCCUUGAAUUUACCGUGUCGAGUCAGAUUGGGCCGCGCAGGGUCUUACGUGCUGUGUGUGCUCACGGCGGCCGAUGACGCCGCCCGCUCUGAGCUAUAU